CUGUUUUGGGGGAAUUGAUCUCACAAUAAUGCCAUCACGCUUUCUCCCUCACCGCCCUUUCUUGCGGCGAUCCAUCUACCUCUUUACCCUUGGCACUGCUGCUUGGUCCUUUGAUCGAUACGCCUAUGACUCGACGUUCACCCGCAACCUUCGAACGCUGUACAAUGGUGUCGUGAUAACCGCUGACUACAAAUUGAACUUUGUACCAGGCAACGCAGAACGAAUAGCGGCAUUACAUGAAAGGGUUGCAAAACGGAUCCUAAACGUGUGUAAAGAGAAUGGAGGACUUUACAUAAAGUUUGGGCAACAAAUUGCGGCGGUGCCCGUACUUCCUCCUGAAUACGCCAAGACCUUUCGUGUUCUGUUCGACGACGCCCCUGCAGUGCCUUAUGCUGCCGUUGAAAAGAUUUUCAUGCAAGACUUUAAUGGGAGGAAGCCUAGUGAUGUAUUUGAGACAUUCUCGAGAACGGCGGUCGCGAGUGCAUCGAUUGCGCAGGUCCAUCGCGCGACAUUGAAAGACGGAAGAGUGGUGGCGGUGAAGGUGCAGAAGCCGCAGAUAGAACGGCAGGUGGGUUGGGAUUUAUGGACUUAUGGAGUAUUGUGCUGGGCUUUUGAAAAGGUCUUUGAGUUACCGAUGACAUGGUCGGCCCCCUAUAUAGCGUCCCACAUCCUGCAGGAAACAGACUUUGUAAACGAAGCGCACAAUGCAGAACGAGCAGCAGACUACAUUGCCGAGGCUCCUCGCUCAUUAUCCAGCCGGGUUUACGUUCCCAAAGUGCACUGGGAUCUCACAUCUAAGCGAAUCAUGACAGCCGAGUGGAUCGAUGGAGUCCGCUUCACGGAUAUUGAGGAAAUGGAUCGACGAGGGUGGAGCAGGAAAGAGGUUAUGAGUGCCAUUGUGGACGUUUUUGCGGACCAAAUAUUCCGAACGGGAUUUGUCCACUGCGAUCCACACCCGGGCAACAUUAUCAUCCGUACACACCCCAAAUCCCCACCACAUCCCCAAAUCGUCCUCCUCGACCAUGGCCUAUAUGUCCAAUGUGCACCCACCUUUACCCGCGAGUAUGCAACAUUUUGGAAGUCCCUGUUCCUAGGCGAUACGGGUGCACUCUCUCGAAUUGCAACAAAAUGGGGCAUCCAGGACUUGCAGCUAUUUGCGUCUGCCACGAUACAAAAACCAUGGGCACCCGGCAAGAUUGUUCACGUGGAUCCACAUAAAUCGGGAAUAGACGAUCUAUUUGAGAAGCAGCUGAAAAUGAAGGAGAGUGUCAAGACGUUUUUGAGGGAUACCGAGUUGGUGCCAAAGGAAUUGAUAUUUUUGGGAAGGAAUAUGAAUCUGGUGAGAGCCAACAACAAAUCCCUCGGCUCACCUAUCAAUCGUAUCAAUAUCAUGGCUAACCGCGCCGCAAGGAGCCUCGGAUCGGAUUGGUCCGCAUGGUCCAAUACAUCUACCUCUCCGCUCACCACCUUUAUUACAUCUCGAUUAAAUUACUAUACAUUUCGUGCCACCCUCUUUGUCACAGCGCUCUUGUUCCAUGUGUCAAGAGCAGUGCAGAAACUUGGAUGGAUUUUCUUUGGUGCUAAGGGUGCCGGGUUUGAGGAUGUGAUUGAGGGUGGAAUGCGGAGAGCUAUGGAAGAAAAGUUUGGAGUCGUCAUUGAUGAAAGCGUUUUUGAAGGAUGAUUGGCUAUUUAUUACUUAUAGUAUACUUUCUCUAUCUAUCCAAUAGAAUAGAAAUGCUACAUGCCGAGGAGCGAAAUUUGAGUCUCCUACCGA